GCUGCCCCUCGUCCCUCAGGUCGGUCAGUGGAUUCGCCGACCACACAGCAGCUAUUCACCGUGGCACGACAUCAGACGCACCCAACAUGGCUCCGAAAUUCAAGUUGACGGCGAUCUACGAGAAGUCCCUGACUGCGCUGAACGGCGCGACCGUGGACCUCUCCCGAUGCGCGACGGCGGGGGAGAUCCGCCUCAUCGACUGCACCGCCGCGGGCGAAGGCGUCCUCCGCAUCUACGAAACGAACCUCAACUUCCCGCCCAAGGACGUCGCAUACGCGACCGCCUCCUACGUCUGGCGCGGCUACCCCCCGAAGAAGCCGCGGACCACGCCCCGCCCGACGUUCACCGUGAAGGGCGCGGAGAGCGGCGAGCCGAUCAACAUCCGCCUCCUCACGCACCUCUGCGCCGCCGCCGUGCAGGAGGGCGUCGAGCUGCUCUGGCUCGACCGUCUCUGCAUCAUGCAGACGAGCAAGGAGGACAAGGCGUGGCAGAUCCAGCAGAUGCACGCCGUCUACGCGCGCUGCGCCGUCUGCCUCAUCCUCCCGGGCGGAAUCAAUCGCCUCGCGAGCCUCGGGGAAGACACUGCGUGGAUCCACCGCGCAUGGACGCUCCAGGAGCUGCUUGCCCCACCCCGCUCCCUCGUCCUCUUUGAGUGGACGUACGGCCCGGGAUCGUACAGCGGCGCGACCGUGGGCCGCAUCACGGAGGUCGUCGCGCGCAAGUGCGCGCUCGCGGACGCGACGGACGUCCUCCAGCUCUCGAUCGCAGGCACGAUGUCGUUCAAACGCGACAAGGGCAAGGACGCGACCCACCGCUUCUCGGUGCCCGUGCACAUCUUCGGGACGCCCGCGGCGCCGCAGGCGUGGGCGACGAUGGGGGCCUUGCGCCUGCGCGGGAGCGAGGCGGGCGAGAGCGCGGUGUGGCGGAGCGCGCUCAUGCGCACGUCGUCGCGCCCGGUAGACAUGAUCUUCAGCAUCAUGGGUCUCUUCGACGUCGCCCUGAACCCCGCGUACUUCGACAAGAACGACCGCGUGGGUGCGACGGUCGCGCUGGCGAAGAGGAUCCUGGAGAAGGGCCAUAGCGCGACCUGGAUCGGGGCGUCGUUCCAUCUCCCGACGUCCUCGCAGCUCUCGAGCUUCCCCGACUUCCCGGAGUCGUCCGUCUCCGGGCAGGCGAUGGUCAGCGUUGGCGGGAGGAUGAAGGAGGUCUCGACGGUGGUCGACGGAGACUACAUGUCACAGUGGUGGCUGCGCCAUGCCCCCAAAGGGCACAUCGACGACAACGGGUACCUCGUCAUACGGGUGCAAGCGGUGGCAGCGAGUCUGACAGACCGACGAGGCGACGCAACGCCCGGCGUCGCGAACAUGUCCAUACGUUCGGAUACUGGCACCUACCGCAUUACCGACCUGCGGGGUAGGAAAUGGAGCGUUGACAAACGGCAGGCUAUCUCGGGGAGUACGCAGGCGAUGAUUCUUUUCGUAGGAACGGAGGGAAGGCUGCCCAGCUCGACGGCGUACCAAUUCGGAGAGGACACACCGGUUCGGGCCAUAGCCGUGGAGGCGCACGGUAGAGGGAAGUACAACAGAGUGGCGUCGUUCUUCCUCGGUAGGUGUUUUGAGCAAGAGAUCAAAACAUGGCGCGCCGCCGAGGUCGCCAUAGGGGGGCCGAGCGCUCUGAGCGACGAGCAGCUGGCAAUCAUCAGGAAGAAGGAACACAAAGUGCGCAGGAAACCGAUUGAACAUGACUAAUUGUAUAAUGUCACUGGGAGGAAUGAGAACAGCAGCUCGUUGGAGUAUGUACAGUAGACGCACCAGUAUAUGUCGAGGAACAGUUGCCAAAUAAAUAUUCU